CGAGUAGGCGCGUGUGUUGUUGCAGGAAGUAUUUACUCUGUGUAGUCCCUGUGUCAGUGAAGAGACCUGUGUAGGGGACUAUUUCUCACAGGCGCCUACAUCUUCUGUUGACGAUGGAUGACCUGCAGGUCAGGCUUAGUGUCCUGCUGUUGACCUUGCAUAGCGCUCAAGGUAUAGGUAUUAACAACUGCCACAACAACAAGCUGGAGAUAUUCGAGGACACACCUGUUCCUGUAACUUGCGGAGAUAUUAAGAGUAAAAUUGAUGUCAUGUGGCAAACUAACUUUAACAACAUCGGAGUCUGCACUUCAGACGGUCGGUGCCAAGACCGUUCGGACUACAAGCUCAGCAGACAACCGAAGUCCACAGAGAGUCACCUGACGAUUGUCUCUAAUUACCGAGCUCACGCUGGCCUUGUAGUCGGUUGUCUGGAAAUGAGAAGCAGUUACAUAGUCAGCUGUAGUCUCGUCAUCAAACGUCACUCUGUUCUCACUGGAUGUCAUGUCAGCUUUAACAAUGUCACAGGACUUGUAUCAGGUUCCUGUGGUGUACAGGAAGCUUACACUUCUGAUGACAAGUACAGCUGUGCAUGGAAAGUGAACAGCACGGUCAUAACUACAUUGUAUCGUAAUGAACCUUUUAACAACUGUUCAUUCACACAACCGGCGAUGGGGACAGGAUUGUACAACUACACCAUACAUGUUCAUCCUCCUUCUACAGCAGGAUUUUCACAGAUUGUUGUGAUAGUUGACGCGGUCCCAGAAGUCACAAUCAACAAUCCAAGGCAUAUGUCUGCUGAUGGAGAUGUAAUUUUCUUGACCUCAACGAAACAGAGCAUUUAUGGUACCCAAGGUGGCUCCACUGUUUCUCAAGAAGCAGAUGCUUUGACUCACCUGACAUCUACUACAGACAAGAUCAUCAUCGGUGGAGCUGCAGCCGGUGUGGUUGUUAUCGUUUUCUCGCUACUUGUUAUCUACUUCAUACGACGUAAGCGGUUAUUUCAUGGUAAGUACAUCUGUGAUGAUUUUAAUGCAUUCAAACUCGGUAAUAUAUGGCCAUAAAAAUUCCUUUCCAGAGUACCCGUGAAAAGAAUCAUUUCUAACCUCACUUUUGUUUGUUAUACAUUUCUGCUGCUUCUAACAGGAACUUGUGCUACAGUUGCUUAUUAACUCAGUAUCUAUCUCUCAUCUAUAAAAAUAUUUAUAAAAAGUACCACGAGCGGUGUGUGUAGUUUCGUAUAUAAUGCUAAAAGUCGACAAACGGUUCAAGACUAUAUGUAUCUAUGUUGCCUAUAAUUUUUUCCAUAUUUUUUUAGCUUGUGGUUUGCUUAGAAUACGACAGCGUAGAACCUUGGUCGUUUUCUUAACUAAUGUCUGCUGCUAGAUUGAUGAUUUUGCUAAAUUUUUAGCAAUUGAAACAUAACCAUAGACACUGUGAAAAAAAUGAUGAAAAGUAAUGCUGCUGUACCAACAUGCAGUCGUUGACAUUAACGUUGAUGGUGGGCGAGUAAAACGCGAGCGGGGAAUGAGAUAAUAUUACUUAUCUCAGCUUGACGAGGUGUCCCCUGUCACCUCAUUCCAUGUAGUCACUUUAAGAUGUAUGCCUAAUGACAUUUGACCCAUUUAGUGCAGUCUAAAUAUAGUUUGUUAUUAUUAAAUAUUUAUAAUGUGUCAAGUCCUGCAUCCACCUUCCAUCAAAGGGAAAAUUGACGCUGAAUAAAACCAUAACGAAUUUACUUAUGAUACACACUUAUUAAUUGUACUGAAUAACACUUUAGUCAACUGACACUGUUAAAGAGACAGGCAGGGGAGGAAUGAUAGAAUUGUUGUCAUACCGAGCCUACAACCCAGGCUUUAUCAGGGUAAAACAGCUAACCCUCUUAAAAAUGAGGAUUAGAGUUUUCUUCCUUCUUGAGCAUGGAGAAGAUGCUGAGACAGCUACACCAACCAGACAAGGUAAGAUUCCUUGUUUAUUUACUUUAACUGAGACGGUAUAUUUUAUUAAUUGCCUCGUAUCUAAAUAUUUGCUCUUUAAAGAGAUGCUUAUUUUUUCUCGGCCUGUGCUCACUAUAAUAUUUAAAUAGCCAGCAUAUUUUUUAAUUUUAAUAUUACUUCUGUAAUUAAAAAUAUAAUUUGUUUUAUUUUACCUUUUUAACAAGAUCGACUUUUUAGUCAUCUUAUUUGCCCCUGAAGGUUAAUUUUGAAUUAAAUCUGAUAAAAACACAAGGCACCUUACAGUCACAGACCUGUUUUCCUUUUUGUUAAUGUUGGAUACCAACCUAUGCACUCAUGGAGCCAGAGGAGAGUCCAGAAUUAUCUCGAGUACAGCCAGCAUGCAACAAUCUGGACAAACAGGAAGUAAAGACACUACACAACAUCAUGGAGAGAGCGAGUCAAUCUUACUUGACAAAUACAUGAAAUAUCUGCACUUGCAUGAGUCACGUGAUAAAGCAGGAAGUUUAUGUUGAAAAUGCGCUUUUGACCUUUGACCUAAGCUUGAGGGGUAUAAAGGAGGCCACUUCCCCUGCUCUAAACAACAACCAUUGGGCAACUUUAACCCGGAGGGUAUUGGGUCUGCGCACUGUACAAGAUCGGUAGCCAGAUGAUGACGAGGACAAUCUCAGAACCUCACUGAGUCCACCGCUAACCACGUGACACAUCUACUCAGCAGCAUGGGGAUUUGUGUUUGGGAUUUGUCUUUCAUUAUUUUCUUUUCCUUUUUACUUUUAUUCUACAUGUGUAGCUUAGGGAGACAGGAGCCCGUAGGUGCAAUUAUCAAUAGCAAGCGUGACAAAGGUGAUAUAUCUCUCACACUUAUAACCUCUACAUAUCGGUUACAGUUACAAUUAUUGAAGUAUCACUGCACUCGAAAAGCUUCGGUUAUGGGUAAUCCUCGAUGAUUGUGAAAACAGAUAAUAAAUUAAACACUUCAUCAGAUUAAAGAUAGAUAAUGCGAUUAAGAUUCCAGACAUCCGGCUUGUACAGGCCACACGCGGUACCACCCUCACUUGAAGAACUCAGUUUCCGCUUCCUGCUGUCGCAGUGCCAUCUACCAUCCACCGAGAUACAACAGCCUCGUGUCAUGUCUUCGUAGAAAUGAGAAAAACAUCCAGUUAUCUCACGCUGUUUGUCGGAACCACCUUGUACCUGUCAGUGUACUUUCUUAAAAAUCGAAGGACUAGUAUGCAUGCUUAGAAAGAAAUUAAACAAAUUGCUAGAAGACAGCAUACGAGGGACAUGAAAACAAACAGAUAACACAAGAACUAAGAAAAAAUACACAAUGGUAUUUAAUUAUGAAUAAAACCAACUACAGAAAACGCAGAGGAAGAAAAUAACAGGAACUGAAAGUAGGAUGAUAUUACAAAAGAAAGGGUGUGACAAAGGACUAGCAUUAUGGGAUAGGAUGUUAAUAGUCAUGUUUACGGAAGAGGUGUGUUCUCAGUGCACGUGUAAAGGAUUCAAUAGUUGGUAGGUGGCGGGUUUGGAAAGGGACAGAGCUCCAUUGUUUCUCUGCACAGUAAGUAUGAACUAGAACACAUUUUAUACAAUAGUAGAACUCUCUAGUUUUUGACGGAAGUUAUUAAUGACUUUAAUGUAGAAAACACAGUAAAACCUUAUGGUUAGUUAGUAUUUAACAAUUUGUUGUCUUAUUCGUAUAACCUGUAUCUGCACAUACAUGGACAUCUUUACUGCCAUGCAUGACAUCCUUAUGUAAUUCAAAAGAUUAAAUGUUGAUAAAAUAUUUUACUUCGUUUACUCCAAAGACUAAUGUUUCAUAUUAUGCAUGUACUCGACAAAACAAACAGAAACAACAACAACAACAACAACAACAACAACAACAACAACAACAACAAACAAAUAUAAAAACUGUUAUUUUUAUUGAGAUUACUAGAAUGCCGUAAACAUAUUUUUGUUUACUCAAAUCACGAUGGUGCUUAGCACUGUCCUUCCAACUGUCGACACACCAUUGUGGAUGUGUAGUGAGAGUGGGUGCUACAGCUACACACUGGCAUGUCACACUUGUUGCCAGUGAGGAUGUGACAGACUGUACAACUGAUUAUAUCGAAAGUGGUGACAAGUGAUAAGAAACAUCCUGGUUCUGACAAGAUGAGUUCCAUGAGUACUCUGUAUUCUCAUGCUACAUCCUGUUCUACAGGCGUUGACUUCAAAUAAUCUGCACAAUCGCGCUACAUCCUGUAUGCGCCUGCAUCUUCUGUUGACCAUGGAUGACCUGCAGGUCAGGCUUAGUGUCCUGCUGUUGACCCUGUGUGGCGUUCAAGGUAUAGUCAUUAACAACUGCCACAACAACAAGCUGGAGAUCUACGAGGACACACGUGUUCCUGUAACAUGCGGAGAUGUUAAUAGUAACGUUGGUGUCAAGUGGCUACUUAACUAUAACAACAUCGGAGUCUGCACUUCAGAUGGUCGAUGCACAGAUCGUGCUGACUACGAGCUCAGCAGACAACCAAAGUCCACAGAGAGUCACCUGACGAUUGUCUCUAAUUACCGAGCUCAUGCUAACUCUACAAUCAGUUGUCAGGAAAGGAGAAGCGGUUCCACAGUCAGCUGCGCUCUCGUCAUCAAACGUCACUCUGUUCUCACUGGAUGUCAUGUCAACUUUAACAAUGUCACAGGACUUGUGUCAGGUUCCUGUGGUGUACAAGAAGCUUACUCUUCUGAUAGAAACUACAGCUGUACAUGGACAGUGAACAGCACGGUCAUAACUACAUUGUAUCGUAAUGAACCUUUUGACAACUGUUCAUUCACACAACCGGGACAAGGAACAGGAUUCUACAACUACACCAUACUUGUGAAUCCUCCUUCUACAGCAGGAUUUUCACAGGGUGUUGUGAUAGUUGACACAGUCACAGAAGGCACACUCACAGAUGUCACAGUCACAGAUGUCACAGUCAAUAGUCCAAGCUCUCUGUCUACCGACACAGGUGUAACAGGUGUAAUUUUCUCCACCUCAGCGAUUCAGAGCACUCAGGGGACACAAGGUGGCUCUACUGUUUCCCAAGAAGGAGACGUUUGGUCUGUACUGACAUCUACUACAGGGAUGAUCAUCAUCGGUGGAGCUGCAGCCGGUGUGGUUGUUAUCAUUUUCUUGCUACUUAUUAUAUACUUCGUACGACGAAAAAAACAAUCACAUGAAGGGCAAACAGAAUGUAAAGGAAGUGCGCAGCAUAAUCUCGACGAUUUUGAGGACCAUAUCAAUGAAGUAUACGAAUCAGUCAGCAAAGAUGUCCAGAAAAUCAGUCACAAAGAAGCACAUCAAAGGGUUGAGGAAGAGUGUCAGUAUUAUAGCAACACAAACAAAGUGUAUUACAACACGAACGAUCUGUAUUGCACAAAACAGUCGGCAUCUCCACAUCAAACACAGACUCGUCCUCCGGGCAAAGCUGUGAACAAAGUCUGCGAGCAUCGUCUGUCUAUGGAUCCUUUCGGUCUACAAGACACCAGUCAUCACGGGUUGAAAGACGAGAAGGACCGGAGACCGAAGAAUGUACGAGACAAGAAGCAGACGUGAGGCUCGAAAAUUGAGUUUAAGUGUGUUUGUGUACCAGUCGUCACGUGACACAAUGCAAGCAUCAUAGACUGCACUGACCUGCAGAGACCUGAAAUCACAUGAAAGUGAAGUAAGCUCGUGAAGUGUAGCCUUAAAAUUUAUUCGAAGCCGUCUUCUGUUUUCCAUGCUUCUUGUUUUGUCGCAUUUUAAAAAUAAACUUUAAGAUUAUAAAAAAGCAUCUUUUCUGUACAGCUACACCUAGAGAUGUAACAAUAAUGUAUCCAGAAAUUGCAUUUACCUCUUUUUUUACUAAAAUAUUCGUCCUUGCAGAAUGAUAUAAAUUUUUCUAGAGAAAGUAAAGCUGUAAAUAUUUUCCUAAAAUAUUUAGUUGUAAUUACAAGUUGUAACUUUAAUAUUUACACAAAUGUGCGAUCAAUAAACAUUAUGAAAUAAUUCCUUAUGUUAAUUAUUGAUAUUAUUUGACUAAAAGUGUGCUGCGUUCAGUUGGAAGAAGACUGUUCUGGCAUUCUACUUCUUAAGAAAUUUGCAAAUGUUUACAUUAAAUAUCAUGUUAAAAUUGUUUUAAUGUUCUAAAAUGUAAGCAGCAUAGAGUAUAGAUUGUGUGCUUUAUUUUAAUACGGAUGAAUGUUUUUUUUCUAAAGUUAUCUUUCUUUCGGGCUUUUUUCAUUUACAAAAACAUCAAUAUUUCACUAGGAUGUGAAAUUGUUUACAUGAAAUUACAAACUCACGCAUGAUGAGAACAGAGUAACAUCCAGUAUUUAUCUCAAACAUUUAGUGUACAGACAUGCAG